UGAGUCACGUCCGAUCCUCAACCCGACCAACGACCGAAACGCGCCAAAACGUACGUCCCGUCGCCGUAAUUACGGAUGAUCGCCGUUGAUGCUCUCGCGUCGUGCUCGUCUCUGCACACGAAACGCUAGAAAAUAUCGAGAAUCGAAAUAUCAACGUACCACCGUCCGUAAAUCGUGUUUACGUAGGUCCUGACGCGUCUAGAAAAGAGACUCGGUCCAUCGAAUGUUGUACCGACGUAACAGUGACCGAAUCUCGAUCGAUCUCCGGGUAAUGGUCCUAGUUUGAUCGAGCAGUGUUCCGUACCGCGUAUCUCGAUCGUGCAUCCGCGUGUUCCCUGUCGAAAGGCGCCAUGAAGGCGUUGUUCCGUUUGGCAGCGAUCCUCGCCGCGCUCGCGGUCGUCGUCCUCGCCGAGCCGAGCGAUUCCGCGCGAUCCAAGCUGAGGAUCCUCAAGUGCUGUCGUUACAAAGAGGAACUGGUGAAAGUGUUCGACGGCGAUCUGGACACGGCGACCCGUUGCGAAGCCACCACAAACGACUGGAAACCCUUCAUCUUCUCGCCGUCCAGGCAGAUCAACCUGCACGAUCCGCCGCCGGAAUGGGACAUCGUCCAGGGUAGGAAGCCAGAGUGCGGCGAGAACUCGGUGCUGACGUUCGUGCCCUACAGAAGCUCGAAUCCGUUCGUGCUUCUCGAGGACGGCCAAGCGAUCCUCGAUGUACACGACGACAAUAAAUUCGAGCCGGACCAAUACUGCGCGGACUCCAAGGCUCUGUUGGUAUGCGUGCAGAAAAAAAUGGAGGGAAAUCACGCGGCAGCUACCAUGAGACCGCGUGUUCGACGCUGCUGCGACGAGGACGCAGCUUUCCACGAAGAAAUACACACCUGCGCCGAGCUGAAGGAGCCCGCAGAUGCUGCUCCAUUGUUACCGAACGCAUCCUCGGCGGUCGAGAUCGUGUCGGGGUUCCCAACGUGUCCGCGUUCGGACAACUUCACGAUUUUGGGGGAUGCGAAGGAUGCCAUGUUGCUGCCAGACGGAGCCCUGGAAAUAGAUGGGAUCACCUUACCUACCGGCCAGUUUUGCGUCGAGAGGAUCAAGGAAUUGAACCUGGUGGUGAAGGUGUUCGCUUGCUCCGAACACGCGUCCCAAAGACCGAGGAUGAAGGCAGCGGACAUCAGAUUCACCUUGUACCCCGUGGGCUUCAUCAUCAGCUCGGUGUUCCUGAUGGCGACGUUGGUCGCUGGUUGGCUGCUGCCAGCCUCUCAUCAUGUUCUGCAUUGGCGCUGUCAGACUCAUCAUGUCGCAUGCCUGAUGCUCGGUGAACUCCUCAUGGCCAUCAUUCAGCUCACCGGACAUUCCCUGCGUGGCGUAAGCUGCAAGGCGCUCGCAAUCAUGGCGCACUUCUCCUUCCUGGCCGCGUUCUUCUGGCUGAACACGAUGUGCUUCAACAUCUGGUGGACGUUCAGGGACCUGAGACCAGCCAGCUUGGAGAAAGGCCAAGAGACCCGCAGACUGAGAGUGUACUCGUGCUACGCUUGGGGUGGGCCGCUCUUAGUCGCCGGCCUGGCCGCCCUUCUGGAUCAUCUUCCGCCCCAGCCUCAGUACACGUUUCUCCGGCCCCGUUUCGGCGAGAAACAGUGUUGGUUCUACGGCGACAUGGAGAUCCUGGCGUACUUUUUCGGGCCCAUCGGCGUCCUGCUCGCGGUGAACCUGCUGUUCUUCGCGGCGACCGCUCGCGAGCUGACGUGCGGCCUCUGGAAGGGCGAGUUCGUGAAGAGCACCACGGAAAGAGCCGCUCUAGGUCGAGUCUGCAUGAAGCUGGUGGUCGUGAUGGGCGUCACCUGGGUGGCCGACGUGGUCUCGUGGGCAGUCGGCGGCCCCCAAUACAUCUGGUACUUCACGGACAUGAUAAACGCCUUCCAGGGCGUGCUGAUCUUCGCGGUGGCUGGCUGCCAGCCGCAGGUACGCGCUGCGCUGAAGAGGAUCUGCAACAGGAACCCGAGGACCAACGCCGGAAGGCAGGGGAACGGGCUGAGCACCACCAGCCACGGGAUGCCCAGCAUGGGCGACAGCGUCACUCAGAACCCGAGCACGAAGACCGCCCCGUUGGAGACCAUCUGCUAA